CUGUAGUUCUGCAGUCUGAGGUGGCCGGAUAAGAACCGUUUAGUCGCUACUAAGCGACCGGCGUUCCACUCGCCUCGCUGAAAUAACCAUGGCGGCGGCUGUGUCGCCGGGUUUAGGAGAGCAUUGGUGGGCCGAACUGCCUCGCCAUGUCGUGCUGGGUCGCCUGAGAGAGCAGGCCUCUGAAGCCGAGCCGGAGACAGAGCAAGCCAGGCCAGCCCUUCCGAGAGAUCUGAUGUUUGGCAUCGGCGGGGAACUCUUCCUGUGGGACCGCGAACGUGCCGCCUUUUGCGUCCUCAACCUGAGGCACCUUGGCGACGACCCGGACAGCUUGGGCGGGUACCAGAUUCUUCUUUGCAUAAAUUCACCCUUUUUUGAAGUGUAUCAAACUUCUUUAAGUCCUAUGCAACAGCAUGUAGCUCUCAUAGGAACAAAAGGAUUAAUGGUGUUGGAGUUACCUAAGCGUUGGGGGAAGAAUUCUGAAUUUGAAGGUGGAAAAUCUACCAUUAAUUGUAGUACCAUACCUAUUGCUGAAAGAUUCUUCACCAGUUCAUCAUCUCUGACCCUGAAGCAUGCUUCUUGGUACCCCAGUGAGAUUCUGGAGCCCCAUGUUGUGCUAUUAACAUCUGACAACACAAUAAGGAUUUAUAGUUUGAGUUCUCCCCAGACACCUGUGAAAGUGAUAACUCUUUCGGACGCUGAUGAGGAAACACUGAGACUUAAUAAGGGGAGAACAUAUACAGCAUUGAUAGGAGAGACUGCCGUGGCAUUUGACUUUGGACCUCUAGCAGUACUUCCUAAGAACAUAACUGGUCAGAGAGAGAAAGAGGAUGUGCUGGCAUAUCCUACGUAUAUCCUGUAUGAAAAUGGAGAGACUUUUCUGAUCUACAUUAAUCUCUUGCACAGCACCAGUAACCUUGGCAAGCUGCUGGGCCCAAUGCCAAUGUAUCCUGCAGCUGAAGACAAUUAUGGCUACGAUGCUUGUGCAGUUCUCUGUCUUCCAUGUGUUCCUAACAUCCUAGUGAUUGCUACCGAAUCGGGAAUGCUUUACCAUUGUGUGGUACUAGAAGGAGAAGAAGAUGAUGAACAGAUGUCUGUCAAGUCUUGGGAUUCCCGAUCUGACCUCAUUCCAUCACUCUAUGUGUUUGAGUGUGUUGAAUUGGAACUUGCCCUGAGAUUAGCCUCCAGAGAAGGGGAAGAACCUAUAGAGUCAGAUUUCUCUUGUCCAAUGAAAUUGCACAGAGAUCCCAAAUGUCCUUCUCGCUACCACUGCACACAUGAUGCUGGUGUACAUAGUAUUGGACUCCCCUGGAUCAACAAACUACACAAAUUCCUUGGUUCUGAUGAAGAAGACAAAGACAGUUUGCAAGAGCUUGGGGCAGAACAGAAGUGCUUCGUGGAGCAUAUCCUGUGUACCAAACCUCUACCAUGCAGACAACCUGCUGCAAUUAGAGGGUUCUGGAUUGUCUCUGAUAUUCUGGGCCCUACAAUGGUUUGCAUCACCAAGACCUACGAAUGCAUUACCAGGCCUCUUCUUUCCACAGUCCACCCAACAUGCCCUCCACUUCUGUGCACCAAGGAAGAACCACAGAUGUUUACCACACCUCUCCGCAUUCUAGCUGAAUCACAGGACUCCUUUGAGAGACAUAUCCGAAACAUCUUGUGUCGCACCUCUGCAAAUCCGUUGUUGCUGAAAGCUGCAGAUAAAGAGUCUUCCCCUCCCCCAGAGGAAUGCCUUCAGCUUCUAAGCAGAGCCACACAAGUAUUUCGGGAAGAAUAUAUUCUAAAACAGGACUUGGCUCGAGAAGAAAUCCAGCGAAGAGUGAAAUUGCUGCGUGAACAGAAAAAAAAACAGCUGGAAGAUCUAGGGUGCUGUCGAGAAGAAAGGAAAAGUUUGAGGGAGAUGGCAGAGCGUUUGGCUGACAAAUAUGAAGAAGCCAAAGAGAAACAAGAGGAUAUUGUGAACAGGAUGAAGAAAGUUCUCCGUAGUUACCAUUCACAGCUGCCUGUCCUAUCCGAUAGUGAAAAGGAUAUGAAGAAGGAGCUACAAACAAUACAAGAACAAUUACGGCAUUUAGGCAAUGCUAUCAAGCAGGUUAAAAUGAAAAAGGAUUACCAGCAGAGAAAAAUGGAGAAGGGCAACAGUCCACAGAAGCCGAGCAUCAACCUCAGCACAUAUCAGAGGAAAUGUAUCCGGGCUGUUCUGAAAGAGGAGGGAGAACACAUUCAGGAGAUGGUGAAACAAAUAAAUGACAUCCGGAAUCAUGUAACCUUUUAGUCAUCAGACUAAAGACUUACAUUUUUGGAAUAUUAAACAUUACCAGCUGCCUUUUUCCUAAUUUAUAAAUUGAACUAUUUUUGCAAAAAGAUUCAUUAUUAAAUACUCAUUAGAGGAUGCGUCCAUUAUAAUGCAUGGUGCAGCAUUCUACAGAAGGCAUGAUGCUAAAGACGUCUGACAUCCGCCCUUUUGUGACUUCAACUUAAAUACAUGUUUGUAAUAUCACACUGCUUAUUUCAAAAUAAAAAUCAAUACAACCACUGUACCAAAUCUUUCCUCAUAGAUCAUCAUCUGAGCUAACCUUAUGAACCCUUCUUAGAUCAUCAAUACAAUACAUUUAAAUAGAAAGAAGGUAUGAAAAGAAUUGCAAGACUUUCCUCCUUUAAUUUGGAACACUUUUGCAGUAUACACCUCCAAUACAGUUAACAAAUGGUUACAUUUUUUAAUUCAAUAGACAGGAUAAUUUUACAUCCACAGUUUCACAGGACACCAGUGGCUUUUGCUGGAAUGCAAUAUAAUUCCAAAAUUGUGGAAUUUGAAGGCUAGUUUUUUUUUAAAGGGGGCUUUGUAGAUUAUUUACCCAUCUCCCACCCUUAUCCUUGGCCACACUGUGUUGUUAGAAGCUGUAUAGCCAUAGGAGAUUCAAAAGUGAAAGGAAACCAUUUGACAUGUUGGAAGAACCUAUUGUGCACAUAUUAAGAUUGUACAAGUCUUCCAGUAAUUCUGUGACCUUUUUGUAUAUAUUUUGCAUACAAAAAGACUGUACAAGUAUACAGAACAAAGCCAGCCUUACUGUUCUUUACUCAUUUUGCACACAAUCCCUGUUUAAAUCAGUACAUGUCACAGUGUUAUACCUAUUUGUAGUAGCUAAGCCUUUGAAUGAGACUGAAAGCUAAUGGUAUAAAUUACUCCUUUACAUUAAAAAAGUCAGAUCCAUACAGCCUUUUUUAAAAAAAA